UAAUAAUAUAAAUAAUUGAAGAUAAAACAUAAGACAUGAUCUUCUUAAGACCAUAUCGGAUUAAUCAAUAAUUUGUAUUAUCGAACGUUUAAAUAAUUAAUGUAUUUUUAUCAAUUUACAAAUUUAGGGUUAAAGCUGGAAUUACAAUCAUUUUAGACUCAUAGCUUGCGUAGCCAUGUGGAAAUGCCAUAAAUGUGGCAAACCAGUGUACUUUGCGGAACGCAUGCAAUCGUUAGGCUAUGACUGGCACCCAGAAUGUCUACGAUGUGAAGAGUGUAGUAAGCGAUUGAACCCUGGACAGCAUGCAGAGCAUAAAGGUGUCCCUUACUGUCAUGUGCCAUGUUAUGGUGUGUUAUUCGGACCUCAAUUAUAUGGCCAUGGUACCAGAGUGGAGUCUCAUACCAGCUUUGGUAGAGUCGAAAACAAAUAUCCGUUUGGGCCAAAUGUUGAAAGGUCCGAGUUGGACGAAAAACUCAAAAUGUACAACAAAUAUUACGAAGGGCGUAGUGGAGAGAUUCGUAGCCGUGAGGUAAAUGGUCGCCCUAUUCUAGAAGGGGCAUUAAGAAUCUAUUGGGCUGUGACUGACAUGAUUCAUCUGAAAGAAGAUGAUGACCAAAGAAUCAAAAAUAGAAUCCUUAGAGAAAAUGAUGUGCCACUAAUGAAACUACAAAGUAAAUAUGUAACUAAUAAUUCAAAAAAUGAUCAACAUCAAAAUGGAAACAACCUCUUAAGCAAAUUUAAUACAUUACCAAAUAAUUUAAAUCAUAACGUUGUUGAAGAUGACCUUAAUGAAUUUUUGAAAGUAGAAAGAGAAGUGGUUGACGAUGAAAGUACAAAAGCUGAUAAAGAAGCCUUAGUUCCAGAUAAAAAUGACGAAUAUUCAGAAAAUUUUGAAUCUCAAUUAGAAAAAGAGACAGUUGAUAAGUGUUUGCUGAGGAGUCGUUCCUUGGAUGAUGAUACCAGUGACAAUGAAUAUAAUGAUGAAUCAUUAUCUGACCAUCAAGAUGAAUUUGUAAAUAAUGUCAAAAUGCGUCGCAAAUCUGGAUCAACAGCUAUCAAAAGAAGAACUGGAAGAUUAAAUGGAAAGAAUAGAACAAAAUUAAAACGCAGAUGUUCAAUUAAUGGUCAUUUCUAUAAUCGCGAAACAAGUUUUUUCACACCACCAUAUGGUAGCCAAAUGUCUGUUUGGGUUACGUCAUUAGUUACAACACCAGAAGUUAUUAAUUUGAUGUUAGACAAAUACAAAGUAGAUGGGAAAGCAUAUCAAUUUUCAUUAUUUCUUGUAUUUGAUAAUGGAGAACGUCGUAAAUUAUUGGAUGAUGAAUAUCCACUGGUUGUAAGAUUAAUUCAAGGACCACAUGAAGAUGUUUCUAGAUUAUAUUUGAUGGAAAGUCGAACCACAGACGAAAUUAGUUGCGACGUGGCUCAAUUUCUUAAUUUCAGUUUACCAGAAUGUAAAGCUAUUCUGGCUGGUUAUGAUGCUGAAGAAGAGAAACAAAUUAUUGCAAUACAAGCAAAAUAUGAAGAUAUAAGAAGAAGAAUCAAACAACGCAUGGAACAGUUAAAGGUUCGACUUUAACCACUAGAAAUAAGUUUUUAAUUUUAUGUUAAAUUUCUUUUAUAUUAUUG